CAUGCGCAUAACUAAGGCGUAAGGUACACGUGUUGUUAAAAACUGCUCUAGGUACAUGUACUGAACCAUGGCUUUUAAGGCUCAAGCAGGUCCUGGUCCUAGUAACCGAGCGUUCAAAGACAAGGAGAAGCCAACUGAAGUUAGGUUGAGCAAUAUUACUGCUGCAAAAGCUGUGGCUGAUGCCAUUCGUACGAGCCUGGGCCCUCGGGGCAUGGACAAGAUGAUCCAGUCGAGCAAUGGAGACGUCACAAUCACUAAUGAUGGGGCCACCAUUCUCAAGCAGAUGGCUGUCCUUCAUCCAGUCGCCAGAAUGCUGGUGGAGCUCUCCAAGGCACAAGAUAUUGAGGCUGGUGACGGAACUACCUCUGUGGUGGUCAUUGCAGGGAGUCUGCUCAACGCCAGUCAGAACUUGCUGGAGAAAGGUAUCCACCCCACAACGAUUUCCGACUCAUUCCAGAAGGCAGCUGUCAAAGCCACCGAGGUCCUCACUGAGAUGUCGACCCCAGUUACCCUUGACGACCGUGAGUCCCUCCUCAAGAGCGCCACCACCUCACUCAACUCUAAGGUGGUGUCCCAGUACUCCAGCCUGCUGGCUCCACUCUCGGUGGAUGCUGUACUUAAGGUGAUUGACCCCGCCACUGCUACCAAUGUCGACCUCAACAAUAUUAAACUUGUGAGGAAACUGGGAGGUACAGUUGAGGACACUGAGCUGGUAGAGGGACUAGUGUUGGACCAGAAGGCCUCUCACUUGGCUGGAGGGGUCACUCGCGUGGAAAAGGCUAAGAUAGGACUCAUUCAGUUUUGUAUCUCACCACCAAAGACAGACAUGGAGAACCAGGUGAUAGUGUCAGACUAUUCUCAGAUGGACCGCAUCCUCAAAGAAGAGAGACAGUACAUUCUCAAUAUCUGCAAGAAGAUCAAGAAGGCAGGCUGCAACGUGCUGCUCAUCCAGAAGUCCAUUCUCAGAGAUGCUACCAAUGAGAUGGCCCUGCACUUCCUGGCCAAGAUGAAGAUCCUCGUGGUCCAGGACAUUGAGAGAACAGACGUGGAGUUCAUCUGCAGGACCCUGGGCUGCCGACCAGUAGCCAGUCUGGACCAUUUUCUCCCCGAGCACCUUGCCAGUGCCGCUUUGGUCGAGGAGAUUCCGAUGGGAACCAGCAAAAUUGUCAAGAUCACCGGCAUGGUGUCUACUGCGAAGACUGUGAGUGUGUGCGUGCGAGGUUCUAACAAGCUUGUGCUGGAAGAAGCUGGCCGCUCCAUUCAUGACGCCCUCUGUGUCAUCAGGUGCCUCGUCAAAACAAGGGCUCUGAUUGCAGGUGGGGGUGCUCCUGAGACAGAGGUGGCUCUGCGUCUAAUGGAGUACUCUCAGACUCUGAGUGGGAUGGAGGCCUACUGUGUUCGUGGGUUUGCCGAUGCAAUGGAGGUGAUCCCCUACACUCUGGCAGAGAAUGCUGGUCUCAACCCUAUUGGUGUGGUUACUGAGCUCAGGAAGAGGCAUGCUAAUGGGGAGAAGACGGCCGGGAUCAACGUGAGGAAGGGCACCAUAACUGAUAUUCUUGAGGAGAAUGUGGUGCAGCCUCUGUUAGUGUCCACUUCAGCCAUACAGCUGGCCUCAGAGACUGUCCGGAGCAUCUUGAAAAUUGAUGAUAUUUUGAAUGUACUUAGGUGAGGACAUGCUUAGUCAGCCAUUAGAACAGUGUACUGCGUACUAUAUAGGCAUUUAUAAGUUAACGUAUGCACAUACUAUGUAGUAAAGCAUCGUUUGUUAUUAUUAUCAUUAUCUGUGA